CUUGACACUUGCUAUUGAAGAAAAAACGGAGCAGAAGAGCGAAACAUGGCGACUUCGAACAAUCCGCGGAAAUUCAGCGAGAAAAUCGCUUUACAUAACCAGAAGCAGGCAGAGGAGACAGCAGCGUUUGAAGAAGUGAUGAAGGACCUCAGCAUUACCCGGGCAGCGAGGUUACAAUUGCAGAAAACUCAGUAUUUGCAGCUGGGACAGAACCGUGGGCAGUACUAUGGAGGAUCUUUGCCAAAUGUAAAUCAGAUUGGAAGCAGCACUGUUGAUAUGCCUUUUCAGAAUUCAGGACUUGACACAAACAGAUCAACGCGACACCACGGCUUGGUGGACAGAGUCUACCGGGACCGGAACCGCAUCACAUCACCCCACCAAAAACCCUUGUCUAUUGACAAACAUGGACGCCAGAUUGACAGCUGUCCAUAUGGCUCAGUAUAUCUGUCACCACCACCUGAUACCAGCUGGAGGAGGACAAACUCUGACUCAGCACUACACCAGAGCACAUUAACUCCUGCCCAGCAGGCCUCUUUCACUGGAGGAUCACAGGAGCUACAGCCAAAACGAGUUCUUCUGCUCACUGUACCAGGGGCUGAAGCAAUUAAACAAGAGGUUGAUGACGAUGGACAAAACCAGAACUGGGAGUGCAAAAAGAACAUUUCAAGGUCCAAGCCCUGCAAAGUCCCUGGGAUCCACAUAUUCCCGUCUCCGGACCAGCAGUUGACCACUUCAUUAAAACCAGCAACCUACAAUACUGGCGGUUCUCUUCCUGACCUGACCAACAUCCAGUUUCCUCCUCCGCUGCCCACCCCGCUCGACUCAGAUGAAGCCGCCUCGUUCAGCUCCUCCAACAGCACACAGACUGUGGCUAACACGCAAGACUCUUUCCUUAAGGCCGUUUUUGUGUGCUGGGUAGGAGUGAACACAUCUCAGCCCGCGGUAUCCAUGGAAAUACAGUCAGGGCAGGACGACAUGGUUCCUCUCCUCCUGAACACAGGAGACUCCCACCAGCACCAGAACCUGCAGCUCUCCCCAACCUCUCCACCUCUCAGUCUCUCUCAGGUACAGCCCCGCUCUCCACCCCAACCUCAGCUCAUCAAUCAUGCGGCCAUCAAUGCUAUGAACCUUGAGCAGCAGCUGUCGCAGUACACCUUUUUCAGCCAGCAGCCGUCGUCCCAGAACCACCAGAGCCAGCAACAGACAGGUCUGGUUCAGCUGUCGUCCUCCGUGAACUCCUGCUCCACGUCAGACAACCAGACGUCCUCACAAAGCAACGCGACCAUGGACAUGAACACGGCCUCCUCCCUCCAACAGUACCGCAGUAGGGUCGGAUCCUCUGCCAAUCAGUCUCCAACCUCCCCCGUCUCCAAUCAAGGCUUCUCACCUGGAGGCUCGCCUCAACAUAACUCCAUACUGGGUAGCGUGUUUGCAGACUUCUACGACCAGCAGCUCCCGUCCAUUCAGGCCAGUGCACUCUCACAACAGUUGGAGCAGUUCAAUAUGAUUGAAACCCCCAUCAGCUCUGGUGGCCUGUAUAACCAGACCUCCACCCUCAACUACUCCCAGGCACUCAUGAUGGGUUUGACCGGUGGCCAUUGCAACCUUCAGGACUCGCAGCAGCUGGGCUACAGUAGCCAUGGCAACAUCCCCAACAUCAUUCUCACAGUGAGUGGAGAGUCUCCCCCAAGCCUGCCUAAGGACCUGACUGGCUCGCUGUCCACAGAUGUCAGCUUUGAUAUAGACUCCCACUUCCCACUGGAUGAUCUGAAAAUCGACCCACUGACGCUGGAUGGCCUGCACAUGCUCAAUGACCCGGACAUGGUCCUUGCUGACCCCGCCACAGAGGACGCAUUUCGCCUCGACCGUCUCUAACCGCUGCCCGCGCACAUUUCUGGAGCGUGCAGGUUGAGGCCUCGUCAGGGCAGAGCAUCAAUUCCACACCAACCAACCCAAUCAAAACCCUACGAGAGAACUUUUAAAAGAAACAUUAUUGGAGGAAAAUGCAUUGAAAUUUAUCUGAAGACUGCUGCCGGCCUCCCUUCUCUUCAGAACCAGAAAGAUGGCUUACGACUGAUGACAUUCAAGUUAUGGUAUGAGUGAUUUUCAUGGUUCUGUCACUACUUUUAACAAAUUUUGAUUUAUUUUAGAUGCUUAGAUUUCAUUUGAGGGAGCUUGAUGAAACUACUGUGGCAGAAGGAGCCUGGUCUCUCAUUCUCCAUCAGUGACUGACUCAACCAUGUCUGCAGAGCAAAUCUACAGUAUACCUAUUGAUUUGUUAACAUAGAGUAGCUUGAUGGCUCAGAGGAAAUACCUUUAAACUCCCUCUGUGCCAAACGGGUUGUUCUUAUUAGAACAUUCAUUCAUUCAACAUGUAGUGCUAAUCCCUGCGUGGCCUGGUUUGAUUUUCCCCAAAUUUCAUCUCAAGACUUGAGUGACGAUGAAUCAUUAUUUUGCCACCUAAGUUGUUUUUAGGAAAUGCUGAAUUUUGAUUUUACCUUAGUAAAUAGCAGUCAUCAGUUAUGCAUGAAAUCGCAAAUCACUGUGCAUACUUGUUUUGCCUUAAUAGCUUGACAUUUUGGUUUUCAUGCAAAGAUGACUAUUAUGUAAAUGAGGAAAAAAUGUUUUAAUUGUCAAGUAAUUUUUUUACUGUUUUACAGGUGGUUUGGCCUACAUAAUUCACAAUUGCAUUACUGUAGUUGUAUUUUUGAGGUGUGCCGAUAUCCAUUUCGUCAACCAUUGUCACUACCAUGUCACUUUUCAUAUUCAUUUACCACUCAGCUCUAAAUGGAUACAUGAGUUGUUUGUUAUGAAGUAGACGUUUACAGGUUUGUUUUGUUAUAUAUUUUACAUGUAAAGAAUGUGACAAGAUUUUGCGUAAUGGUAUCUAUGCAAAACUAAAGCGUUUGAUUUAGGACUGUACCACGGAACUGAUAAGAUGAACCCUUAUAAAAGGAAACCAAUGUGCAACAUUCUUAUAGAAUGCACAGCGAUGGUGCCAUGUUAUAUUUAUUUAGAUAUUUUUGAAACUCUUCACAUUUUUCUGUCAGACUAGUAUGGUGUAGAGAGAGAGAAAAAAAGGCUCAGUGAGGAUGGCAUAUGAAAGAAACUCUCCUGGAUUACUCCCAAAGAUGUGACCUCAGUGUAGUUGAAAUAUAUAUAUUUUUCCAGACAAUUGAACUGCCUCUAUACUAGAACAGCAUUGUUGAUUCAAUGAGAAUGUAUUUAGGUCACAUCUGUACAGUUGUUUUGUUGCCACCUUGUCAUCCUCAUUGCCUCUCAUAUCUAGCUUUUGUUGUUUUGUACUGUAGGACCAAAUAUAUUUAACCUGUUCAUUUUUCUCCCUACGAAGGAGACAUGGCAUACUGUUUUAAGUUUUAUAUAUCUUUGUUUCCUUUGCACUACAGUGACUCUGCAUAUCAGUUUCCUCGUCAUGCCGGUGUUGUCUGCACCCUUUAUCGAUUUGUUCCAUGUCUCUCCGGUGUUCAGUUCGGCAUUUAUGUGGCUGUGAAAAGGAAUCCUCUGUGAAGUCAGUGUGUUACUUUGAGUGGUCCAUUGGAUAACUGUGUCCCAUAUCUCAUAGCGCACUUUAUGCAUUAAUUUAAAACACUGAAUUAUGAGCGUUUAUAUACCAAACUCCCCUGUGACUGUUAUGUGCACUGGACCUGUUUGCCCUGUCUUUGAUUAAACUUGCCUUCUUGUAAAGAAAAAAAAAAAGAAAAAGACGUGAAAAAAAAGCUAAAUUAAAUUAUAGUUAUUUUUGAAAAGUGAUAUAUUGAUAGUCUAUUUAAAAGAGCUGUUUUUACUUAAUCAGUGAGUAUUUUGUUAGCUGUCUACUGUUAAUGCAGUUUUUCCUACAUUUAGGAAAACAUUUGUAUUUUGGGACAGUGGUGAUCAGAGGUGUGUCGGUCAUGUUCCUGUGCUGCAGCUCUUUCUGCUACUGAUAGCAGGUUUAAGAAAAUAGAAAUGUAUUAAUUUAGAAAAUAAUAUAAUUUAUCAUUGAUUAGCAAACUGAGAGUUUAUUAUAAAAAACGGUGCAGUUACAGUGUGAUUUGUCAGAUGAGUACAUUUGAAAUUUGCAGGGCGCAUUAUCACAAUACUGUAUCAGAUGGGAUUAACCAAUCCAAGUAUUUUAUGGAAUUUAUAUUGGAAUUCAGUCCAGGUAUGAAUAUUAUUAAAAUGAAUAUAUAUAAGUUAAUUUAUAGGACACUAUAUAGCCAUUUCCCAUCAAUAUUCCACACUAUGAAAAAGGCUAUUCUGUAGUUACAACAUUAUGUCUGUUGAUGUGUGACAAGGUCUUCCUGUGCCCACACAUUUCACCAUUAUUCUCACAUAAUGUACAUCAAAAAAUGUUCUGACAAAUGCUAUCGAGUCAGUUGAAAUGAAGUUGUUAAGCCCCACCCAACCCUUUUAAAAAAUACUCUGUUUUGGAUGCAUCAUGUUUCUGAAGAGUGAUGCAGAUUUUUCUUUUUCUUUUUCUUUUUUAAUAAUGUUGUGACUGCAUGAAUCACUUUUUUUCCCCGUUCAUGGCUUGGGUUUUAUUUCCUUUGAAGGCUGGGGUCAGCUUUGUUUGUCUAAGAGUUUUGUUCUUCUUGUUAGGUAAUCUUGUCCUUUGUCUCUUUUUAAUCCAGCGUCAUAUGUAGGUUAUGUAUCUGCUAAGUGAAGCCUAAAAGCGUCAGAUAUAUGGUAAUCAGCCUUUUAUGCACAUGUAGAAGCUGUUGUUUGGUACUAUGUUUUACACUGCAAUAUACAGUAUGUGCUUAUUUUCUGUGCAACCCCCGACAAAGUUUUUAGUAUGUCAUGGUAAAUCUAGACUAGCUUUGUAUAUUGCUGUAUGGUAGGAACAAUGUUUUUGUGCUCUAUGUGAUAUGAUGUCAAAGUGAGAAAAUGCACUGAGAAAUACUGUGCUGCAAUAUGUCAUUGUGGCUUGAUAUUCUCUGCUGGGCCUCAGACUUUAUAGUCAGCCUGACAUCUGUGUAGGUCCAUUUUCUGUUUUCUUUCAACUUUUUUUGUGCACAUGUAGAUAGCGCUGACUUAUGUGUCGCCUGUUACUGACACCUUUUUUAUGCAUCAAUGUUCAGGUAUCCAUUGGUAUUAUACAUUGGUGUUUACAGUGACAAGAGUUUACAACAGAGCAAUGUUUGUUUUUCUCUCCUUAAACAUGUUUCAGCUUUGUUAAUUACAGUAUCUGGAAUAACAGACUAUAUAUGAACCACUUGCAGUGUAGAAAACCAAAAUUAUCUUGCUAUUUAAAUUUAACAGUGUAUCAGUAAUAUAACUUGAAUUGUAUAACAAACAUUUCAAUAGUAUGACCAUAAUGAACUAUCAUAACUAACUCAUGAGUUAUACUUCAUUUGUAUGUAUUUCAAGGCCCUGGAAGCACUUUUUAUUUAAUUUACAGACUUUUGCUCUGCAGAAAUUCUCCUUCCUAUGUACUUGCCAUGAGCAGCAACAUGCCAUCAGAAGAUUAUUUCAACAGAAUAAGUAUUAUUUUGAUUUUGUUGAAUUUCGUUUUAUAGCAAAUCUGGUAUCAGUUAACCUUCUCUUUCUUCUUGUGCAAAAUCAACAGUUGAACCAAAAAGCCAAAGCUUCAAAACAGCCAUAAAUGAGAGAAUGUUUAGACAUUUAUCCUUCCGUUGGUUGAAACACACUCGCUUUUUUCCCCCAAAUAUUUUAUUGGGGUACAAAUUGCUUCAUAUAUAAACUAUGAACUAAAAAAUGCAUUGUUUACAUUGAACAUGAUUACUGAAAUUCUACCUUGACAUGUUGUAUUUUGCGUUAAAUUAAAUAUUUAGUUUUGCCUAUGUUUUAUGAAUCUGCAGUCAAACACUAUUUUGUAGUGAAUAUAAUUAUAUACAUCUUGUCUGAGAAAUAACAUAGACAUACAGUAAGAAAUAGCUUAAGAAAUACACAUACUGUACAGUCUAUGUAUGAGAUAUGUAGAUUGACUUUUUGUGAUGCAACAUGUUAAAAACAAACUGAAUCAGGACGAUGAAAUGGAGUCAUAGUCGUGUACAGUCACUCAGUGGGUUUCCCACAUCUAUGAAUCCUUUGUGUGCAUUUUGAGGACAGCCCACUGCUGGUUCAAGCCUCAUACAAUGGCAGCUAAAUUGUUAUAUAAUGUAUUUUGUUUCUGAGUACAGUGAUACUAUUACACUGCACAUGCAUUUUACUGCCGUAAAGGGGUGCAUUAUGCUCCUGUAGUACACUCACAGCAACAGGAAACAUUAUGCUCAUAGAAUAUGCAAAGUCUAGCAUUCUGCAGCACAGCUUGGCAAGAUGGUACUUUUUUGAGCUAACCCUUUAAAAAUUACUGGUUCAAACCUUGUUCCUCAUAUUAUGUUUUCUAUUUUAACUAUCAAAUUGGACCAAAAGAAACCAAGUAUGGCUGUAAAUGUGUGCUAUAUUAAAGAUGAAAUACGCUUCUGUUUGAACUGUACCUGAUGUAUUUUUCUUGUGCGAAGGCUUCUGUAUUUGUAUCUUUGCAUUAUUAUUUGUAAAUGAAAUUAAAAUAAAUAUAUCUGAAUAAGCCAAA